CAACGUACGAGGUGAGAGCUAAGAUGUCAGAAAUGGCGGUCGCCUUAGCUAUAUUGCUCGUCGGCCUUGCGCCGGCGACACCAUUGUCGUCGGCUCAGCAGCCGCCGGGAUGCCCCUCAACGUGCGGGAACAUCAGCAUCCCCUACCCCUUCGGCAUCGGCGCCGGCUGCGCCCGCGACGAGGGCUUCCAGCUCGAGUGCAACCACACCUCCUCACCCCCACUCCUCAUCGUGUCCAACUCUACCGGCGGCCGGCACCGGCAACAGCUGCUGAGCCUGUCCCUCGCCGACGGCGAGGCCCGCACCUUCCUCACCGCGAAACGGCGGUGCUACAACAGCAGCACGGGGGACAUGGUGAGCGAGAACGAUCAGAACGCCACCGAGAUGUCCCUCUCCGGCACGCCCUACCGUUUCUCCAGGUCGAGGAACCGCCUCGUCGCGCUCGGCUGCCCCAACCUCGCCUACCUGGUCGACGGCAGGGGCUCCUACAUCAGCAGCUGCACGUCCAUCUGCCGGACGCCGGAGUCGGUCGCCGCCGGCUCCACGGUGGGCUUCACCGGCGAGGGGUGCUGCCAGAGCAGCAUACCCUACAGCGUCGACGUCUACAAGCCCGACAUCAUCGGCUUCAAGCAAGGCCAAGCUGGGGACUCCGUUCUGCUGAACAGCACGGCGGCUUCUUCCAUCUUGCAGAGCAGCACGGUUUGCCGGUACAUGUACCUGGCGGAGGACAGGUGGAUCGACGCCGCGUACCGCGACGGCGCCGUCGACUUCAACCGCACCGACGACUUCGCCGUGCACGUCGUGCUCGACUGGGCCGUCCGGAACGCCGGCAACUGCAGCGCCGCCAGGCGCAACCUCGCCGCGGCCAACUACGCGUGCCGGAGCGCCGACAGCGUGUGCGUCGACACCGGUGACGGCGACGGGUACCGGUGCAACUGCUCCAAGGGCUACGAGGGCAACCCCUACCACGAUGGCGGGUGCAAAGACAUCAACGAGUGCGAGCGGGCAAAGGAGUACCCGUGCUUCGGCGUGUGCAUCAACACGCUGGGAUCGUACCAGUGCAGCUGCCCGCCGGGUACUAGUGGCAACGCGACCAUUCAAACUGGCUGCGUUAAAACUAAUCAAGCAUUAACCACGGGAUCAAUUAUUGGCAUUGGAGUUGGUAGUGGCGCUGGGAUUUUGGUCAUGGCUCUCGGUGCAACCUUUUUAACACAUAGGAUUAAGAAUCGGAGAGCAAGAAUGCUGAGACAGAAGUUCUUCAAACAGAACCGUGGCCAUUUGUUGGAACAGUUGGUAUCUCAAAAGGCUGAUAUUGCUGAAAGGAUGAUCAUCCCUUUGGCAGAACUGGAGAAGGCCACAAACAAUUUUGAUGAAUCGCGUAAGCUUGGAGGAGGAGGGCAUGGCACUGUGUACAAAGGGAUUUUAUCGGAUCUUCACGUUGUUGCGAUCAAGAAAUCAAAGGUAGCAGUCCAAAGGGAGAUUGAUGAGUUCAUAAACGAGGUAGCCAUUCUCUCACAAAUCAACCAUCGUAAUGUGGUCAAACUUUUUGGAUGUUGCCUCGAGACAGAAGUGCCAUUGUUGGUCUAUGAAUUUAUAUCAAAUGGUACCCUUUAUGACCAUCUUCAUGUUGAAGGACCAACAUCAUUGCCAUGGGAAUAUAGGCUUAGAAUUACAACCGAAACCGCUAGAGCACUUGCCUACCUUCACUCGGCAGUGUCAUUCCCUAUAAUCCACAGGGAUAUCAAGUCCCAUAACAUCUUAUUAGAUGGCUCGCUAACAACAAAAGUGUCAGACUUUGGAGCUUCAAGGUGUAUUCCUGCUGAACAAAAUGGGGUCACAACCGCAAUUCAAGGAACACUAGGAUACCUAGACCCCAUGUACUACUACACAGGACGUCUCACAGAGAAAAGUGAUGUUUUUAGUUUCGGUGUUGUUCUAAUAGAGCUACUUACCAGGAAGAAACCAUACUCAUAUAGAUCGCCUGAGGAUGAUAGUCUUGUUGCACAUUUCACUGCCCUACUCACACAUGGCAACUUGGGUGACAUACUUGAUCCUCAGAUGAAUGAAGAGGGAGGUAAAGAGGUUAAAGAAGUAGCCAUGUUAGCCGUGGCAUGUGUCAAGUUGAAAGCAGAUGAACGACCUACUAUGAGGCAGGUGGAGAUGACACUUGAAACUAUUCGAUCGUCAUCACUACAACAAGAAGUGGUACCUAGUGUGGCCGCGGAGGAAUCCAAGGAGAAACAUGUCUCAUGGAGCUAUCCGGUAUGUGAGGGCACAAGCAUAGAGUCGAGUAGACAAUAUAGCUAUGAGGAAGAGAAUUUAUUGUCAUCGAGGUACCCUCGAUAGUAGAUUUUUUUCCUUUUUUUUUGCGAGUUUGGAUCAAUAGUAAACGUUGCUCCGAUGUACAAGGUGCCGAUGGCCUUUAUGAUAUCCAUGCAUUUCAUUGCUAUAUGUACAACAAUAUUUUUUUGUCGUUUAUCUGAACAUGUAUUUUUCUGUAUGGUUUAUUCAAUGUAAUAUAU